GUUCGCAGAUUUCUUCAGCCUCCCGUGGGAAGAGUUCGUCCUGGAGCACAACAGGCAUCAUGCGUCCACUGUCGACUUGCUGAUCCAGGGUGAGUUUGGCUGGGACCCCGAGGAGUUCCAUUACGCACUUCAGCAGUGGGCAGGACCAUGGAGCUCCAACUGGUACAAGUACCUGCUCACCGUGCCGUUCAUUCCAGUGAUCCAUUUCUUUGGCCUGAAUGACACUGGCUCUCUCUUUGCCCUGGAGUGGUGGAUGCACUUCCCCGAUGAGGGCGCGGGCGGCAAGUGCAACAAGGUUCUGGACCAAGUGGGUUCCACGCCGUCUGAAACACAAUGCCUUCGUCCUCUCUCUGUGGGCCUGCGUGUGGCUGCUCGGAUGGUUCUGGGUGGAAAGCACCGCUGGAACGAGAUGCUCUUCCACGACGUCCAUCAUGCGUUCCCCAAUGCCGUCGGCACGUUGAGCCAGCGUGGCCGCUUCCAUGGCUGGGAGAAGGUGCAUGAUGCUGCGGCGGAGGUUCUGCACCGUGGCCUGUGGAAGCCCAACGGCGACGAG